AAACCAAGCAGAGAGGACUGGAGAGGUGGCCUGGACGCAUUAUCCUUUUCCCUGGAAUACCAGAAGUCCUUGAACACAUGUGUUCUUGACGUGCACCGCCGGGCUGGCAACCACAACGACCCACACCUGUGCGAUUUCCUUGAGCAGGACUUCCUCAUAGACAGCCAUGACACCAUCAAGAAGCUGGGCGACUACAUUGGCAGUCUAACCCGUCUCACUACUUCUGAGCCUCAUGGUGCCAUGGGAGAAUACCUGUUUGAUAAACACACCCUGUAA